GAAAGCAUAAUAAAACGUUGUUUUCUACUCAAAUCAAUGAUAGAAUGAAAACCAAUACCAUGUGCAUAUGAAAUUGGUACAUACAAAUUUAAUUUUACAUUAUUUAAAGAAGAGAUAACUCAGCAUUGGUUUUAGAUUGAGGAUAUCUACUUGUGCAGACUACAGAACGAAAAGAUCCAGCGAUCCUUUACACAUAUGUAACCGCGGAUCUGUUGUGUCACCAUUUACCCAGUAAAUUAGAUCGAGUAAAGCCAAUGCACCAUAAUGGGUUUAACAUUCCUCCAAAGACGCCUAUUUUGGCGAACUCGAUAGUCACCUUUGGUGAGUUCUCGUUCAGAUCUCGCGAUGAUUAUUGAGCGGUGGCGUUGUUCGGGCGAGCCGACGACGAGACCGUUGGUGUCUGGAAAUUGUCUCGUGGGCUUGUCGCAAACAUUCUUCUUAUUUUUGCAUCUUUGUCCUUCGGCCAAUUUGAUCGAUUCACUUUUUAAAACACGUCACAGUUAGUUUCCCGAAUUACACCGAAGUAUGGCUGCUGCUGAGGUGAACGGUAGUUCUGCCCCAGUAAAGGAGGAGGAAGAGCCCAUGGAUAUCACAGCAACACACACAGAUGACUACCAGACACUAAUUGAUGCCGGGCUGCCGCAGAAAGUAGCUGAAAGUCUAGAUAACAUCUUCCAAACAGGCUUGGUAUCGUAUGUUGACCUGGACGAAAGGGCUAUUGAUGCACUGCGUGAGUUCAAUGAAGAAGGAGCCCUUACUGUGCUGCAGCAGUUCAAAGAGAGUGACCUGUCCCAUGUGCAGAAUAAAAGUGCGUUCCUUUGCGGCGUCAUGAAGACAUACCGACAGAGAGAAAAACAAGGAAGCAAGGUACAAGAAUCCACUAAAGGCCCGGAUGAGGCCAAAAUAAAGGCUCUAUUGGAACGGACAGGAUACACCCUGGAUGUCACUACAGGACAAAGAAAAUAUGGAGGCCCCCCACCUGAGAAUGUUUUCAAAGGAAUACAACCUGGGAUCGGAACUGAGGUGUUUGUUGGAAAAAUCCCAAGGGAUUUGUAUGAGGAUGAGCUUGUGCCACUCUUUGAGUCUGCUGGUCCCAUAUGGGACCUCAGGUUAAUGAUGGACCCCCUUUCCGGUCAGAACAGGGGUUAUGCCUUCAUCACAUACUGCAAUAAGGAUGAUGCACAAAAGGCUGUGAAGCUUUGUGAUAACCAUGAAAUCCGCCCUGGCAAGUACUUGGGAGUAUGUAUAUCUGUUGCAAACAAUCGCUUGUUUGUCGGAUCAAUUCCAAAAAACAAGACAAGAGAAAGUAUACUGGAAGACUUUGGAAAAGUCACAGAGGGUCUCCAGGAGGUGAUAUUGUACCACCAGCCAGAUGACAAGAAGAAGAACCGGGGCUUCUGUUUCCUGGAGUAUGAGGACCACAAAUCUGCUGCGCAGGCACGCCGUCGCCUGAUGAGUGGGAAGGUGAAAGUGUGGGGGAACCCUGUCACUGUGGAGUGGGCCGACCCCGUUGCUGAGCCAGACCCCGAGGUCAUGGCAAAGGUAAAGGUGCUGUUUGUGAGGAAACUGGCGACAGCGGUGACUGAGGAACUCCUCGAGAAGACCUUUUCACAGUUCGGAAAACUGGAGCGAGUGAAGAAGUUGAAAGACUACGCUUUUGUUCACUUUGAGGAGCGGGACGCAGCAGUAAAGGCUAUGGACGAGAUGAACGGGAAGGAGCUGGGAGGAGAGGAAAUCGAGAUCGUCCUGGCCAAGCCCCCAGAUAAGAAGCGAAAAGAGCGCCAAGCAGCCCGGCAGACCACCAGGAAUGCAGGAUACGACGACUACUAUUAUUACCCACCUCCUCGCAUGCCACCACCUGGUAGAGGCAGGGGCCGCGGUGGCCGAGGGGGCUAUUCCUAUCCACCCGAUUACUAUGGCUAUGAGGACUACUAUGAUGACUACUAUGGCUAUGACUAUCACGACUACCGGGGUGGCUAUGAGGACCCUUACUACGGUUACGAAGACGUGUACAGCAUGAGGGGCCGGGGCACUCGUCCCUCCAGGGGAGGGCCUCCUCCGCCAAGGGCUCGUGGGGCUCCGCCAGCCAGGGGCCGUGGUGGCUACGCCCAAAGAGGACCACCCCUCGGUGGUCCGAGGGGAGGCCGAGGGGGGCGCGGAGCCCCUUUCCAGCCUCAGAGGGGCCGCGGCCCUCGUGGUGCCAGAGGCAAUCGCGGGGGAAACGUCGGCGGAAAGAGGAAGGCAGACGUGUUUAACCAGCCUGACUCCAAGCGCCGCCAGACCAACAACCAGCAGAACUGGGGGUCCCAGCCCAUCGCCCAGCAGCCUCUGCAGCAAGGGGCCGACUAUUCCGGUAACUAUGGUUACAGUAAUGACACCAUGGAGUUUUCACAGGAUUCUUAUGGGCAGCAGUGGAAGUAGAUGCACCAAAGGGUAUUUGGAAGCAAAAAAAAAGAGAAAAACAACAAUAAAAAGAAAAAAAAACAGGAGAUUGGCCACAAUUUUUUGAUUGACUUUUUAUUCUUCGUCCCUCGUGAAAAAAAAAUCUGUACAUAUCCCAGAAAAAAUGGACAGACCGCUGAAUUGGCUCAAGAUGAUUGGCUGGAAAUCCUUUUGGCUGAAGAAAAUGAACGUAACCGUUGUGGUCAUUUCAUGCUCCUGCGGUUACAUUGGGACAUGUCUUUAAAAAGAAAAAAACACUCGCAAACACACAAAAAACACUUUUACUGUUACUUUUUGUUCCUGGUUCUUUUAAAGCGAACAACGAACCUUUACAACAAAAAAAAAAGAAAGAAAGUGGACAUUCAUUCUUUAAAUGAACAUUAAAUAAUGAUUAUUGCCUUGCAGGAAGUUUUUGUCCAUGCCCUCAUCCUCCCCUCCCCUUCUUGUACUUCCUAUAUUUGUGGUUUCUCAUAGUUGCUUAGGGACUUGCUUGUAAAUAAAUGCUCAUGGUUAGGGCUUCAUACUUCAUUUUUUGCUAUGGUGGAGAAAAGAAUCCACAGGAAGGAAGAAAAUCAAAGUUUUGUAAUGUUCAAAUUGUAUGCCUAGCAUUUCUAGAAAUAGACAAAUUGUGUUUUCUUUUUUAUUUUAACUGAUACCAUAACUUCCUUGUUUUCUUUAAACUUGCCCAGUAGAAUUUGGUUUGGCUUACCUUAAAAGCCAUAGCAGUUUGUUCUCUGAUGUUCUUUGUAUUUAUAACUUUUACGUUUGUUCCGUUUCAAUAAAACUCAGCUGAGCAUCAGUCAAUUGUCAAAUAUUCAAAUUCAGUGUUGUCCUUCAGUAUUUGAUUUGAUCUCAAUUCUCACAUUGGAAGCGUUAUUUCUUUUUUCCCCUUAAAGGAGAAGCGCAAAAGACUGAAAUUGUGCAAUCAGACAACGACACAAGAGAACUUAAAAGGUGUCUGGAUGAUCAAGCAGGACUUUAACCCUUUACUCUUCAGACUGCAGCGUUUUAUGUUUCUUUGUUUUUUAACUUCAGAAUUGUUGCUUAGUGUUCCAGCAAAACUGCCAACCAUGAAAGGACCAAAAUCAGACUCCUUACCAUUCCCCAAGGUUGUUCGCAUCUACCAAACACGAGUAAAUGUCAGCCCUGCUUCCACAAACUCUCAGCCAGUCACCACAAAGAAUACCAAAGGUUUACUUGGUGUUUAUUGAUCCAGGCUGACAUCCAGUGGAGCUCUUACUCCCAUCGCUCUCACAUAAACUUAAAGACGAGAACAAGUUUGGCAAAUGGUGAGAAGUUGCUCGGCCUGAAUAACCCUGAUAGACGUCCAGUUAGAGCGGCGCAGUUGACCUGGAAUGGAGUUCUGCUUGUAUUGCAAGUUGUUUCCGCUUAAUUUUGUUGCUUCCAAAAUCAGCACCUCUCUGCUUUUGAAGACGCCAAGGAUCUGGCCAUCCAAAAGGAUAAAAUUCUUAAAACCUGCCUUCACACAUAGCAAGCUGUCACUUGUGUAAAUCUGUAAAUAGAGGAUUGUUUUUAGCCUUUACGUGUUGGUGCCAUGCUAUCGCUGUCUUUUGUUUCAUGUGUCUGUCCUCUUAUUCCAACCUGCCUAGGUGGAGAUGCAUUGAGAGCGGCACCACUAGCAUGAGGAACUCACCUGAACGGUACUCAAGGGUGAGCUAGCCUUGCACAGAGUACUGUCUCCUCUCCUGUAGCUAAUUGUAAUCUCUGGGGAAGCAGAAGACAUUAUAAUCUACUGUUCUUUUCACAUUUUUAUACUUUCUCAUAUUCUUUUCUGUAAAUCAGCCUUUCUAUUUUUCCUUUUUUUUGGGAAUGAGAGAUUCACAUUUUUCUAGGCAGAGAAGAAGUCACCAGAGUGGGACUCAGUGGAGAUGUUGCUUCCAGCAUGCUUCAGCAGUUAAGAAAAAAAUAGAAACGGAGCUUGUUUCCUCAUAGAGAAAGGUGCACAUUGCUCAUCUAAAAGCAAAAAAAAAAAAAAAGAUAAAUGGUCAUGCACGUUUUUAGACUCAAAUUCUUAUAUUUUAAAACCAGAUAAGAAAAAACGAGGCACGCAGUCAAAGAUUCGGAUAGUGCCAUAUUUAGAAACCGUGCGCACACGUGCUGCACGUCUUGGCUCCCUGCACCAAAAUCAUGUCGGCUGCCUGGUGGAGGAGUUCUGGAGACUUCCCGUCUUCUGCCACUAGAGGUAGCAGCAACACACCAGUGCGACUCCACAUCUAUUGUUUCGUUAAUGAAGGCUGCCGCCUAUGUCCACGUUCAGGGCUGACCGGGAGUCCACUCGCAGCUGCAUAUUAACCAGAGGAGCUGCUUUUUGAGUGCGUGCAGAAAGCACUGGGAAAUGUACAUGGCAUAUGAUUGAAAUUGGCUAAUUUAGGAACAAAGGCUGCGCCUCACAUCUACUGUUUUUACUCUUUUUAGCCACAAGAUGGCAGUAGGAGAACGGCCC